CACCGCACCAGGAAGGAGCGCACGGGCGAAAGAGUCGCUGGAUGGCAGGAACGAGGUCAGAGCGCAAGCGAAAGUAAACUAGUAAAAACUACCCCAACUUCUCUCCGACACAGGCGAAAAUGCUUUAAUAUGAGCUUCUAUUUCACCACACGAAGCGCUUUAAUUUGCCUACGUCGCCCUGUGCGCUAAGUUAACCAACUUUCUCAAGAGAUAAAGUUUCCACGAGUUCAGCCAAGGACAACAAGGAAGUGUCAUGCCUCACGGGGAGAUGAAGAGGCCUCUGAUUGAAGGUGGAGGAGGAGGAGGGGCUUCAAGACAUCUGGAAGCUUCCAUGUCUGACGCCGACUGUCCCGUGGUGGGCAUCCUGGGCACGGGCGACUUCUCCCGCUCGCUGGCCAGGAGGCUGGUGGCCUCGGGGUACCAGGUGGUGGUGGGGAGCCGGACCCCCAAACGCUCUGUGGCGUUGUUCCCCGAAGAGGCUGAGGUGACGUCCCAGAUGGAGGCAGCGAACCAGGCAGACGUGGUCUUUGUCGCCGUGUACCCCGAGCACUACUCCACCCUGGUGGAGCUGAGGCAGGCGCUGGCCGGGAAGAUCCUGGUGGACGUCAGCAACGGCAUGCACGUCAAACAGGAGGGGCCGUCGCACGCCCAGCAGCUGGCCGAGCAGUUUCCAGAGAGUUGUGUGGUCAAAGGGUUUAACACCGUGUCGGCCUGGACGCUGCAGACGGGAGCGCGGGAUGGAAGCAGGCAGGUGUUGCUGUGCAGCGACAGUAGCAAGGCCAAGAGCCUGGUCAUGCAGCUGUGCCGCAGCAUGGGCUUCAUCUCCGUGGACAUGGGCCCCCUCUCCGCCUCCGUGGAAGUUGAAAAUCUCCCGCUCUACCUCUUCCCGUCCUGGCGGGUGCCCAUCAUCGCGACACUGGCCCUGUUCCUCUUCUUCUACCUGUACAACUUCACCCGCGACGUCCUCCACCCCUUCGUCAAGUCGGGGAAGAGUGUUUUCUACAAAAUGCCCAUCGACACGGUCAACGUCACCCUGCCGUCGGUGUCCUUGGUGUUGUUGGCGCUGGUCUACAUGCCCGGUGUGUACGCCGCUUUCCUCCAGCUGAUGUGGGGGACCAAGUACAAUCGCUUCUCCGACUGGCUGGACCGCUGGCUGACCAGGAGGAAGCAGUUGGGGCUGUGCAGCUUCCUGUGCGCACUGCUGCACGCCAUCUACAGCCUGUGUCUUCCCAUGAGGAAGUCGGCCCGCUACGACAUUUAUGCCGCCGCUAAAAAGGGUGGGCCGGAGACUGAGUGGAAUGAUGAGAAGGUGUGGAGGAUGGAGCUGUACGUCUCUGUUGGCAUCAUGGCCCUCGGGCUGCUCUCUCUGCUCGCCGUGGCCUCGCUGCCCUCUGUGAGCAACAACCUCAACUGGAGGGAGUUCAGCUUCAUACAGUCCAGACUGGGUUACUCUGCCCUGAUCAUGGCCACGCUCCACACUCUCAUCUUCGGCUGGAACCGUGCCUUCGUCGCGGACCAGUACCGCUUCCUCCUGCCUCCCACCUUCAUGCUGGUCCUGGUCCUCCCGUGCGUCGUCCUGCUGGGCCGCCUGGCUCUGACGGUGCCCUGCGUGGCCCAGCGGCUCAGACGCAUCCGCCGCGGCUGGGAGAAGGGCCGGCACAUCCGCUUCACCCUGCCCGGGGACCAGUCACUAGAGGACAUCACCAACGUUUGACAAACAAGCUGGAACUGAAAUCUUGUUUGAGUCCAGAUAAAAAAAAAAAAAACGGACAAAACAGAGCUCUUUAUGUUUGCUCUCGUUAAUACAAACUCUUCUCACACACAGAUUAUAA